AGAGCGAGACUUACAGCGGCGGAGAGAACGUGAGCGACGGCAGAGGGAAAGAUCUCGGCAGCGGCAUGAGGAGAGGCUACCAUGUCCAGGAUUCCUUCUGUGCACAGGCCUCUUACACCACCACCAUCUCUGCUACUCCACCCUCACCUCCCGAAUGCACCCUACUGUUUGACAUGGUUUGAGAUUGAAGGUUUACAUUGUCUUGUCAAGAAGCUUGAGUCUCUUCCUCUACACAAGAAGUGCCUUCCUGAUGGUAUUCAUGACCCGGACGCUCUAAUCGCUGACAUCACGAAGCUUCUCGAGGAACACGCGCAUGACCCACCUGAACUUGCUCUCACCGGAGUCCCCAUUGUUCAGUGGCCCAAGAGGCAGCAGUAUAAAGUUCACCUACGGCCCAAGAUCCAGUUCACCAAACCUCACACCAUGCGGCCCGCAGCCCGUCACGCCACAUCAGCCCCUCGACCGGUGGCCAACAUCUCUGGACAAACCGCCUCCUCUGGCGCAAGGAGGCGACGAGUAAGGUGCCGGAAAUGUCAAGCAUGUCUCCAGAGAGAGUGUGGGACUUGCCACUAUUGCAAGGACAUGAAGAAGUUUGGAGGUCCAGGCAGGAUGAAGCAGUCAUGCAUGCAAAGGCAGUGCCUUGCGCCCAGACUGCCCCACUCAGUCACCUGUGCCAUAUGUGGAGAGGUGGAUCAGACCAGUGACUCCCAGGACUUUGAAAAGAAGCUCAUGGAAUGUUCGGUGUGCAAUGAGAUUGUCCAUCCUGGGUGCCUAGAGAUGGAUGGCGAAGGCUUGCUGAGUGACGAGCUUCCCAACUACUGGGAAUGCCCCAAAUGUAAUGAACGGAAGAAGCACACGGUGAGCACAGAUCAGGAAAAAGUCUUGCUGCACAAUAAACGAAAAGCUGUAGAUAACUGUGAUCUGGACCCCCACUUAUCAGCCAAAGUUUUACGGCCUCCUUUGGGGCAGAGUCCCCCAUCACCGCCACUUCUACUUCUGCCUCCUUCCCCAACUUCUGGUCCCCCAACACCGCCAGCAACCACACCACAGGCAACCCAUGCCAGCAGAGAAGAAAGAGCCAAGAGACGUCAACUAACCCGAGAAAAAGAAAACCAUCCCAGCGGACAGUCAGAGGCUGAUCGUAUUUGGCAUCGGGGCUCCUACCUCACGGUUACCCUCCAGAGACCCCCAAAAGAGCUCAGUUCCUCUUCUAUUGUCCCCAAACUGCAAGCCAUUACACCAUAUCCCCGCCAUUCUCUUCGCCCGCCUCCUCCCCAGCCACCAAAUGAGGAUGAAGAUGAGGAGGAUGAUGAGGAUGACUAUGAUGAUGAUGAUGACGAUGAUGAUGAAGAUGAAGCUGAGAAUGGACUGAUAGCUGGGCAGCGAAAAGAUGAUCUGUCCAUGCAAAAGGAUGUGUGGUUGUCUGUCUUCCAGUACCUAACGCGAAAAGAGCUGUGUGUUUGUAUGAGAGUCUGCAAGGCCUGGUACAAAUGGGGUUGUGAUAAGCGCCUUUGGUCCAGGAUUGAUAUGAGUCGCUGCAAGUCUCUGAUGCCACAGGCACUAAGUGGCAUCAUUAAAAGGCAGCCUGUGCAGCUUGACCUCAGUUGGACAAAUGUUUCUAAGAAACAGCUCAUGUGGUUGGUGAACAGGUUGCCAGGGUUGAAAGAACUUAUCCUUGCUGGUUGCUCAUGGUCUGCAGUCUCUGCUCUCAGCAGCUCCAGCUGUCCGCUCCUCAGAACGCUGGAUUUACGCUGGGGUGUGGGAAUCAAAGAUUCACAGAUUAGAGAUCUGCUCACACCACCCUCUGAGAAGCCAGGACUCGACUCUCGCAGCAAGCUCCGCUUCUUGACAGAUCUGCGGCUUUCUGGCCUGGACAUUUCCGAUGUCACGCUACGGCUCAUCAUACGGCAUUGUCCUCUCUUGUCUAAGCUAGACCUCAGCCACUGCCCUUUGUUGACGGAUCAGUCUGUCAACCUACUUACAGCUGUUGGAUCAUCUACACGGGUUUCUCUCUCACACAUCCACUUAGCAGGUUGUAAAGGAGUAACUGAUGAGUCCUUAUUGUACUUGCGGCGAGCCUUCAACCUGACUCUUAUUGAUCUUCGUGGUUGCAAACAAGUGACACGGGGAGCAUGUGAGGGUUUCAUCUCGGACCUGUCUGUGAGCACCUUGUACUGUCUGUCAGAAGAAAACCUUAUCCAAAGGAUUAGCUAGGACUGGGUGUGUGCUAGAGUUUUGGUGCAGGGAGAUACCAUGGUGUUGGAGGAUGCACAAUAUCAAACCACCACCUCCUCGUUGGGUCUCUCCAGCCCCCUAAUCUCCCUCUCACCCUGACUCAAACAAGGAGCAAUAAUUGGCGAUUUAAGAUCCACCCUCAUAUGCCUGUGGUGGGGCAGUCGCUUGGUGCAAAGAAGUGGGCUAUAUCUGAAACGGGUAUUAAAACAGCUUUGGAAGCCUUGAUGGUUUCGGUCACUUCUAGGGCUGAAUUCAAGACCUCUAGGACCGGAUCUCCAUUGUCACAGAGCAAAGGAAGACUGUUUAUUUUUGUUUUUUUUUGUUUUUUUUUGUUUUUUUUUAAAAUAAUUAUUAUUAUUUUUCCUCCUUAGCACAGGAUAGCUCUCCACCAGACAGGUUAAUGGAGAAGCCACUGAGGAGUGAGCGGGCAGCUCAGACUUUUUUGUUUUUCUCCAUCUGGUUUUUGACUAUAUUUUUCUUUUUUUAACAUUUGACCCCCUGUUAAGCAUUAAAACUGUGAGAGAGGUUUAUUUCUGUGGGUGCUUGGGUUGUGAAUAGGAGAGAGGGCAGGCUGCUUCUUGGUAAAUAGUAAGAGGUAAUAUUAUAUAUUUUUCUUUUUCUUUUUUAACUUAAGAUUUUGGUUUGUUGCUUUUUUUUUUUUGUGCCCAAUUCCUCUCUCUAGAGAACUUAGAUGCAGAAGUGCACUCAUAAUUGCAUUAGUUCUACACACACUGGGCAGCCAUUUGUGCAUAUAUAGAGAAAUAUAUAUAAAUAUAUACAGAAGCUGGUGUGCGCAUACACAUUGAGCAAGUAUGCGUCGGCGACUCCCUUUCCCAGCCUGGGACUAGAUUGUAUAAAAGAGCCUGGAUAAUAUUUUUCUGUGUGGGAGCGGUCUCGCUUUCCCUUUGUUUCUUUUGCAAUAAAAAAAAAAAGUCUUAAA